AGGUCGCAUGCGCAGUGCGGCCGGAUCAGAGUCGGGUGCAGUUCCACCAGAGGAGGAAGCGGAGUUUCCGCCUGCCGAAACCCCGAGAAAAACGACACCGGCUCGGGGGGUAAAUUGUUUCUAGCUUCGGUGGUUUUAUUCCAGAAACACGGGUGGAUCAGGGGUGGUGUUUUUUUAAGGAACAAGGGAGCACACACCGUGCACAGAAGCGACACAAGGCGGGGGGAAAGCCACUAUCCACCGGCAUGGCCAGGGACUACGAUUACCUCUUCAAGCUGCUCAUCAUCGGUGACAGCGGAGUGGGGAAGAGCAGUCUCCUGCUUCGAUUUGCAGACAACACAUUUUCAGGUAGCUAUAUCACCACAAUCGGCGUAGACUUCAAGAUCCGGACAGUGGAGAUCAACGGGGAGAAGGUGAAGUUACAGAUCUGGGAUACAGCGGGACAGGAGCGCUUUCGCACCAUCACGUCCACGUACUACAGAGGCACACAUGGGGUCAUAGUCGUGUAUGAUGUCACAAGCGCAGAAUCCUUCGUCAACGUCAAACGAUGGUUACAUGAAAUCAACCAGAACUGCGACGACGUGUGCCGAAUAUUAGUGGGAAACAAAAACGACGACCCCAGCUCCAAGGUGGUCGAGACAACAGAUGCACAGAAGUUUGCAGAACAGAUGGGCAUCAACCUGUUUGAGACGAGUGCAAAAGAGAACAUUAAUGUAGAAGAGAUGUUCAACUGCAUCACAGAGCUGGUGCUCCGAGCCAAGAAGGAAGUGCUGGCCAAGCAGCAGCAGCAGCAACAGAACGACGUGGUCAAACUCACCCGGAACAGUAAACGGAAGAAAAAGUGCUGCUAGCAAAGCCCAAAAGCCCAAAUCUCCCGAACGGGCCGGCGGGCAUCAAUUGUUCACGCUCGCAUACUCACAAGGAUGGGGACUCAGAACGUCUAAAUUAAAGAGCAAGAUAAAGAUUUAAUAAAAAUAUACGCUAAAGAUAAUAAAAAAAAAAUAAUUGUCCCCUUUGGACAAAGUAAUCAUGAAGAAAUAUAUGUACAGAUUUUAUUAUUCAACGUCCGAUUCAAGUCUUAUUUGGAAUUUAGCAGACGGGCCGGGAACAGAAUUGAUCUGCAUCCUGACAGUGACUGCCAUAUUGCUUCGGUAAUACAUCCACCCAUUUCCCAUAAUCCCAUUCUUCCUUCUCACACUGUACGGGACGUUCAGCGCUCCAGGAGAAAGGGAUUCUCUUUCUUUCUAGGAUGGGGAGAAGGUUGUCUGGUGGACAGACACGGCUUUAUUACCACAGCUCACGCCAACAAAUCAUUCACUAGUAGGAUUUUUUGUUGUUUUUUUUUUUGUUUUUUUUUGGAUGGCGGGAUGAUGAUUGGUAGAUGACUUUAGCAACUGGACACGGCCGGUGACUUCUCAUUUUUUGUAUUUUUUGCCUCUGUUUUGCCAAGCGUUAUGUCAUACCCCCCCACACCCCCCACCCAAGUAGCGCUGAGUCAAACUGUUUGGUUUUACUUUGCUUUUUUUUUAAGUGAGACUUACUUAUACUUCAAAUUUACAUUUUAGUUCCUCUCAUUUUUUUUUUUUUUUUUUUUUUUUUUUUAAACUGUGAUACUGCCAAUGUUAUCAAGAAAAAAAUACAACUUCAGCGGUGCGCCUCGCCAGCUUACCCUAACCCGCCGCUCCCCUCACUGGCCUGACUUGCCAUCAACACGAGGAAAAACGCUUACUCUGCAAAAUCCAAGGGUGCCAAUGCAACUGCCCAGCGUCUUCUUACGGAUAUCUGGGCAUGUACCAUCGGACAGGCGGAUUUGGGGGGGGGUGGGGACACCACAACACAACAUGCAUCCAUGCUUCUCUUGUGUUCCCUCGGCUUGAAGAGUGUUCUCUAACAGACUAAAAACCAAAGGUCGGUUUGUCGCCAUGUUUGCCCUGCAUGUUACCCUUUCCACCAAAAUGGCGCCCCGUGACGAGGGGGGGAGGAGUUUGGGAGAUGCAGACGUGACUUACAGGUUCAUAACUACUCAUAGAGAGUAUGUGUGUGUGUGUACUAUAUGUAUAAACACACAUACAGUAUAUAUCAGCCAAAUAGUCCCAUGCUAUAAAGGUGACCCGGUUGCUCAUCAUCUGUGGUUUGCUGUACACUGGAGUUUAAAAAAAAAAAAAAAAAAAAAAGAGAAAAGAUGUACUAUUCAUUUUUCGCCC